CUUUCCACCGACCCCGUCACUCCAGCUUUGAAAGUCUACAAAUACACCCAACCACCACUAUGCUUGGGCCCGUGAAGGCUUCUGCGUUCUGGAUUUCCUCUCGCCAACCCUGAACCUUUUGCAGAGUCAUUUAUAUCAGACGAAUAGUGCUAGACACAGACCUUGGGUAUCGUUACCAUGAUUGAAGAGCUGCUUGAACAGACGUCUCGCAAGAGCAUCGCCGCUACUGUCGUUGUCGUCUUGCUCCUGUUGAAAGGCAUACAAUGGCUCAGCACCGAACGUAAGAUCCGUUCUCUGGGCAAACAUGCUCGGAGGGUCUGGACAUGGCUCCCCUUCGAUGCCGAUCUGGUGGUAACCUCUGUCCGCGAUACUAUGGCGCACCACAACUUGAGCGGCUGGCGCGGCUAUUUCUCCGCCUUCAGCUCCUCUCCAAACUGGACCGUGGAAGCCGCCCCUGGUGGGCGCCGUGUGAUCUUCACGGCCGACCCGGAAAACAUCAAGGCCGUCCUCGCGACCCAAUUCAGCGAUUACGGCAAGGGGAAGCAAUUCCAUGACGAGUGGAAGGAUUUUCUCGGCGAUUCGAUCUUCACCACAGACCAGGAGCUCUGGCAUGAUAGCAGACAGCUGAUCCGCCCGCAGUUUAUCAAGGACCGAGUCAGCGACCUGGGUAUUUUCGAGGAGCAUGUGCAGAUUUUGAUACAGCAGAUCAAGAAGAACGGAAGGACGUGGGAUGGUAAGCAAGGGAAGGAACUUGAUAUUAGCGACUUGUUUUUCCGGUACACGUUGGAUGCGGCGACGCAUUUUCUGCUGGGGAGGAGUGUUGGCAGUUUGGAGGUGCCGGAACAAGAGUUUGCGGAGGCAUUUGCGGAGGCUCAGAGAGUGCAGAACAUUAUUGCUCGUACUGGGCCAUUUAACCCCAUUGUCCCUCGCAAAACCUUCUUUGCUUCUCUUCACGUAAUCAACGACUUCGUAAACCCCUACAUCGAAGACACUCUCCGCUUGUCCCCGGCAGAACUCUCCACUAAGACCAAGUCAGAGGAAGGGUACACGUUCCUCCACGCUCUCGCAUCUUAUACUCGUGACCGCAAGGUUCUGAGAGAUCAACUUGUGGCAGUGCUCCUGGCAGGGAGAGAUACGACCGCCGCCACGCUCUCAUGGACUUUCUAUGAACUGGCACGUGCCCCGGAAGUCUUCCACAAGCUAAGACAGGAGAUAGUUGCGCGUGUAGGAUUGGAGAGAGCACCGACUUACGAGGACUUGAAGAGUAUGAAAUAUCUGCAGAACACAAUGAACGAAACACUCCGCCUCUAUCCCAGCGUACCCUUUAACAUCCGCAUGUCUCUCAAGGACACUACGCUCCCCCACGGUGGCGGCCCCGAUGGGCUCUCUCCUGUUGGCGUUCCAAAAGACACUCCUAUUGCCUACAGCGCACUUGUCAUGCAGAGACGCCCUGAUCUCUAUCCUCCCGUCUCCCCCAACUUCCCACACCCGGAUAAAUUCUCUCCGGACAGAUGGUUCCACUGGCAGCCAAAACCAUGGCAAUAUAUUCCAUUCAACGGCGGGCCCCGCAUCUGCGUCGGUCAACAAUUCGCCCUCACCGAAAUGGCCUACACGCUCGUGCGUCUCCUCCAACAAUUCGACAGGAUCGAGAACCACAUGGACAAGGUAGACGCCGGGGACCCAUGUCUGAAAGCCGAGAUCGUCUUGCAGCCGGGCCAGGGCGUCCGAAUCGGCCUCUGGAAGAGCGAGGACGACGGCGAGAAAGCCUAAACUACUUUCUUCCCAAUUUCUCUGACUCACGGUUUCGAGUACGGGAAUCGCUGAUGUGUGUGUGUGUGGAGGAGUUUGAAAUUUUCUUUUUUUUUUUCUUUUUUCUUUUGUGAUGGAUGAUUGGAAUGAAAUGAUGGCGAUAUGAUCUUGAAAAGAUGUAAAUCCGGAAUAUGGAUAUGAAUCUAGCUAGUUACUUAACAGCUUGCUCUUUACCUACCGUAGGUAUGAUAUGGUAUGAAACCCAUAGUCGGG